AUGGUGGUGACAGGCAGCCCAGGGAUGGAAUUUGAAACUCAAGGGUGUCAUGAGAUCCUGGGCUUCUUCCCUGGUGUUCCUGGAUGCAGAGGGUGGGUGGCGUGGGGAGGGAGCCGCAUCCCUUCUCACUUGACCCCUGCGAAGGCUAUAGUUGCAGAGAAAGCUAACCUGGACUUAGAGCUCCUUAUCACAGUUAAGAACCAUCUGGAGCUGCAGAGAUUGCAGGACGAAACCCUUCACACAUCUCUAUCUCAGAGCAGGACUGUGCAGCCAAGAAGUGAGCUCAAGUCCCUCCCUGGGGCUGAACGUAGCCAAUUGAGGCACCCACCUCGUCCCCUCAGGGCCCCAGGCCAUCCAGGCUGA